AUGGAACUACCGUUCACUACAACUGAUAACGGUGGGAUUAUUACCACGUCGAAUAAUAUGAACUCUAAGAUCAAUAAACGGUUUGCGCAACUACCGGAGAACUUACGACUUAAUGGUGUUACACCCAGUGGAAAACCCCGUUUAUUUGUUUGUAGUGUUUGCACUAGAGCAUUCGCGCGACAAGAACAUCUAAUUCGUCAUAAGCGCUCCCAUACCAAUGAAAAGCCGUAUAUAUGUGGGAUCUGUGACAAGAGAUUUAGCAGGAGGGACUUAUUAUUGCGGCAUGCUAAUAAGUUACAUGGGGGGAGCUGUGGUGAGCUACUUCUGAAGAAGGACUCGCCUCGGAAAAGGUCCGAUAUUGUGGGGAAGAAACGCAGAUCAGUCACUGCAAUACCCACGACGCCGGAAGGGUCAAAUUCGACAUCGCUGGCUAGUUCUAAAAAUGGAUCUAAUGCAGCUUCAGCUGCGGCUGCAAUGUUGGAAUUUCCAGGGAGUCGUAGAACGUCAAAACGCAGGGUAUCAUUUUCUGCGCAAAGUGGUGAAAACUAUGCAUCAGCAGCUAUUUCCGGUGACUAUGCAGACGAUGCAGACAAGGUACAGUUUUCUACUCCACAACUAUUACCGGUGGAUCUGACAAAGGAAUCGUCUUCAAUGGCGCCUGCGGAGGCUAAUGGGUGGGUUUCGGACUUAAAUAACAUGUCUUCCUUAGAGGCUGUAAGGAUUACCGGUUCUACUUCUACGUCAUCUACUUCAUCAAACGGGACACUUGCUGCUGGUAAACAGGGGUCAGCGAUGUCGUGGCAGGCAGCCAAAAUGAAAUCUCUCUUUAACAACGGUGCAUCUACUCCACAGCCUGGCAAGAAGCCCGCUCCGUUGGGUUCCAAGGGGGCUGCGCCAUCGUCAUUAUCGGUGCCUAUGGAAUGGGAUUGUAGCUGGACUGCUUCAUCGAUGGCGAACGCUAAGGAAUCUCCCAACUCAAGGGAGGUAUCCGUGCUGAGUGCUGCGAAUGAGUUUAAGUUUCUACCUACUAAUGGAGAGGGUGGCUCGGAGGUGCCUCCGCAUGAUAGUAACAUGAGCGCAACAGAGAUCAUGUCUACAUUUGAAAACUUUAUGCGCACAGGUUCAUCCUUUUAUGGCAUUGUGGAUCCAGAUGCUUCUAGCACUAUUACGCGUGCUACUGUCCCUGCCAAUGAGAGACACUCCCAAUAUUCGGAUAUCAUUAGCUGCAAUUUCUUUACCCAUGAAUUGCGGUUAAUGUGUUCUACAGCACUUGAGUAUUAUUCGCUCUAUUGUAUCAAACCCGGCAUGUCCACUGCUUCAAGCGUGACCCUUCCUUCCUGCAAGGAACUAAAUCUUUACCUGUCACUAUUUAUCAACCACUUUGCAUCACACUAUCCCUUCAUCCACCCGCAGUUGUGGCAAUCAGAUUUGGAGUCCUUCCGAGGCUACAUCUAUGGCAGUACAGAAAAUGCUGCCCAAGCUGAUGACUACGCGAUGCAGUGCGCAAAUAUCCUCUGUCUUCCUUUAUUGUCGGCCACCAUGGGUUCCAUGUACCUGAAAUCAUAUGGAAUGGAGGUUGUGCAGUCAAUAUCAUUGAACACUUCUCGAAUGUACGAAAUUUCCAGGAGAGUGCUACAUGUAUUCCUAGAAACCAGAAGUGCUUCAAAAAUUACGACUUCCAGUUUAUGGCUAACACAGUCUCUGAUGUUGAGCGUGCUAUACUCGCUGUUUACUGAAGCCUGGGAAGGAGUAUCCGACAGCGUUUCGGAUACACUUCUAAAACAGGUAGGUGCUGUUUGUACUAUGAUCAAAAAGAACCUGAUACCAGAAAUUAGUUCUUUUACCAAACCGCCACACUUCAAUUCCCCCGCCGAGUAUAUUAUGUUAGAGUCAAAGGUCAGGACUACGUUAUUUUGCUAUAAUUUAUGCCAGUCCUUAAAAUCGUUUUACAAUAUCCACUCGUCGUUUUUUCUCAAUGAAGCGGAUUUAGAUUCAAUUAUAAUUCCUGAUGAUGAAAGUACUUGGAAUCUAGCUAGCCUUGAUUUUCAAGAGGACUCAAUAGUUGUUCUAGCUCCAAGUAAAGUUAUUAAUGCCAAAAAGAAUACAAUGACUUUAGGAAAAUUCCAGCAAACUUUUACGUUCAGUACGCUUGGAGCGCAUCGGAUUCCGGAGUUUCUGGCGCAAUCUAUGCUAUUUUAUGAGUACAAUAAUUUAUCUUCCUCACUUCACAUUUUUCUGACCAAAAUUGAUACCAAGAAGUUGGAAAUAAAUUUACAUUAUUUUAGUAACAAUCCUACUACAGGUGGUCCGAGUUCUACACCUAUGUCGCUUGAUAGUGACAACACUAUGCCUGCAGCUGACUCUUUGUUCCACGUGGAUUCAACAAAGACAUUGUCUCAGGAUGCAAUCAUCCUAAAGAACAGCCUGAUGUGUAUGAUUUUCUUGAAAUCUAUGGAUCGCAGUUAUGGAUGGCAGUUAGGUAAGCGAUGCAUUGAAGACAUGUAUGCAACGUAUCUUGAUUCCAAAAAGUUUAACGUUUUGUCCAGUGGUUCUUACAAGUUAAUAACGGAUUUCCUUGUUGCGCUUAACUUUUCUAUUCAGAACCUUGCGUCGAUAGUACGGGGAGGGAAUCCACCUAAAUUAGAUACCUCGCGAAUUUCGGUCCUUAAUUUGCAGUAUUACUAUUUUAAUUUUGUGGUGGUUAUCAAGUUUAUCAUGGAUUUUGAAAGCACUCCAAACUUCAAAUUACUGUGUAUAUACACAGAGCUGAAGAAGCUUGCUAGUAAUUUUCUGAUCCCAGCAUUAUCGAAUUUUUAUCCACUGGAGUUUGCAAAAUUCUUGGAUACUGAUUCUGAACUGCUAGGCCUAUGGAAGGAGAACUCUACUACUGAUUUGUACAAGGAUUAUGUUGCCGAAGCACCACUAGUUUCUAACAAUUCAGUUCCUAAUAGGGAUUUGAAUAAUACGCAUAUUCACAGCAAUGGCAACACACAGAUAUCCAAUGGUGAGCAUAUUAACGUUGGACAAUUAGAGAAGCUGAUCAACAACGUGUUAGUGUAUUCUUUUAACGACACAAAUUUCUUGUCGAUGCCAAAAAAUGUUUCUAAUGAAUUUGCGUUUAGUUCAGCCCCUCUUUCAAAUACAAUACCCUCCAAUAACAGCGUGUUGUCUCCUAAGCCAACAGCCUCAUCUUUAAAUCUACUAAAAUGUCACCAUGAAUCGAGCCGUACUGGAAAGAAAGCGAACCAGACUUUUGCUGAACGGUAUCACUUAGCAGAAAAAUACAUAUUGAUUGCUAAGUGCAUAUAUUUGCAUGCCAAUGAUUCCUGUAUUCAUUCGUUGUUUUUGAAAGGUUUGUCAGAUAACUUUCAAAAAUUGGAACGUUUACAUUUGAGCCAGGAAUCAUUGGGUGAUGAUGAUGAACAUGAAAAAUCUAUAUCGUUAAUGGGAGAUGAUAUCUCUGUGCGGGCAGGAUCAUUUUUUAACGGAUACCUGGCUGAGCAAUGA